CUCCUUCCCCGCAGGAGCGCGGAGAGACAGUUCUUGCGCCUGCGCCCUGCGCUUCUGCGCGCUUCGGCACCCGCGCGAGCCGCGUCUGUGCGCGUGCGCGCUCGCGCUCCCGCCCUGUCGCCGUGCUCGGCUGAGUCAGUCAGUCUGUCGGAGUCUGUCUUCGGAGCAGGCGGAGAGAAGGGACUUCGAAGAGCCAGCUGCCCUAUUAUUCUGUUUCCCCUCCCUCUCUCCCGCCCCACGUCUCUCUUCACCCUUCUCCGGCCCUCGCUCGCAUAGCCAUGGCGGAGCCGUCGGCGGCCACUCAGUCCCCGUCCAUCUCCUCGUCGUCCUCCGGGGCCGAGCCGUCCGCGCCCGGCGGCGGCGGGAGCCCGGGAGCCUGCCCCGCCCUGGGGGCGAAGAGCUGCGGCUCCUCCUGUGCGGAUUCCUUUGUUUCUUCCUCUUCCUCUCAGCCUGUAUCUCUAUUUUCGACCUCACAAGAGGGAUUGACCUCUCUUUGCUCUGAUGCACCACCUUCAGAAAUUAUGACUUCUUCCUUUCUUUCAUCUUCUGAAAUAUAUAACACUGACCUUACAACACUACAUGGAGAAAAAAGCGAAAUACUAGCAAGCCAGCCCUUUUUAGACAUGAAAGGAAAAGACCACUUGGCUCUUUCAGAUACGAAAAAGAUGGAAAAGCCUCAGGGGACCAGCAGUAACAUAGCAAACUCUACAGUUUCUCUUGCAGCAGGAGUUCACUGUAACCAUCCUUCCAUUCCGGCCAGUUUCCUAGAGCAUUCUGCUUUUCCCUCAAAGGAAGUUGGUCAAAUAGAAGAGCAAAUAAAUAAAGACCAAGAGUCCAGGAACCCAAAUGAGGUACCAAGUAAAGAGGAUAAAACUGCAUUGGAUGCUAAUGACAGAUUCACUUUGCUAACAGCCCAGAAACCCCCGACUGAGCUGUCUAAGGCAGAAAACGUUUGUACAUAUUCUUUGUCCCCAACCAAAGUUUCAGGAGGUGGUGUUAUUGAAAAGGAUUCCCCUGAAUCGCCAUUUGAAAUAAUUAUUGACAAAGCAGCAUUUGACAAAGAAUUUAAAGACUCAUAUAAAGAGAACACAAAUGGUUUUGGUAGCUGGUCAGUGAACACUGAUAGAGAGUCAUCCGAAGACAUUUCAGAGACUAAUGACAAAGUAUUUCCACUGAGAAAUAAAGAGGCAGGGCGUUACCCCAUCUCUGCAUUGUUCACAAGACAGUUUUCACACACAACUGCAGCACUGGAAGAGGUGUCUAGAUGUGUGAAUGAUAUGCAUAACUUUACUAAUGAAAUAUUGACUUGGGAUUUGGUUCCUCAAGUGAAACAACAGACUGAUAAAUCUAAUGACCACAUCGCAAAAACUACGGGACUUGACAUGAGUAAAUGUAAUUCAGAAAUUCCAGUUGUAAGUCUUAAAACUAACACUCUUCAGAAAAUUCCUGUAUGUUCUAUUAAUGGGAACACUCCCAUCACUAAAUCAACAGGUGAUUGGGCAGAAACAUCUCUUCCACAAGAAAAUGCUAUUGUUGGAAAACGUAUACCAGAUGAUGUCAAUUCCACAAAGGAAGUCAUUAUCAAAGGCAUGCAAGGCAUUGUGCAGAAAUCUAAUGGCACGCUUUCAGAGUUACCUGGGCCACCAUUUGAGAGAUGUGUUUCUUUGGGUUCUGGAGUGGUGACAGCGAAAGUAGAUUUCCCUGAUGACCACCUGAAAGAUGAAAUGAACUGGCAGAGCCCUGUGAUGGGAGAAAUCACAGAGGUUGAUAGUUCUGGUGAAUCCGAUGACACAGUAAUAGAGGAUAUUACAGCAGAUAUAUUGUUUGAAAAUAACAAAAUUCACACUGAAAAACCAGUUUCCAUUGUAAGUGUGGUUGUAAAAACAGGUGAAAGAGAAAUCAAAGAGAUUCCCAAUGGUAAGAGGGAAAACUUUGAAGAGUUGGUUAGUGACUCUGAGCCAUGUCAAGUUCAGCCUGAUAUUUUUGGAAGGAGUGCAGUCGGUGAGGAGGCAUGUUCACAAGUACCCAAUACAAAUGUCUCAUCAGAAGAUGUAAAUCAGUCAGAUAGUAUGAGUGAAGUUGCUCCUGAAAAGCCUGUUGCAACUGAGAACCCCACACUUACUUCAAUAGCAUCUCCAGAUGUUUUUAAUGAGAAGGAAUUCUCACUAAAUGUGACAUCUUCUGCCUAUUUGAAGUCAUUACAUGGGAAAAAUGUUAAAGAUAUAGAUGAUUCCUCCCCAGAGGACUUGAUAGCAGCCUUUACAGAAAUCAGAGAGAAAGGAACCAUAGAUAAAGGUGAAGGAAAUGCCUUUGAAGCAAUAUCAGAGCAGAGGACAGACAUUAAAACGACUCUUCCUGUAGAAAUUUUGCAUGAAAGUAAGUCAAGUGGUUCUGAAAUUAAAGACAUUAGAAGCAAAUACAACAAACAGAGCAAAGAAACAAAUGGAAGUGAGCUUCUGAGUGUUUUCCCUACCCGAGGUGGUCUGGUAGCAUCUCUUGACUUAGAACAGGAACAGCUCACAAUCAAAGCCCUUGAAGAAUUAGGUGAAAGACAGGCUGAGAAGUCACAGCAUGAAGUAGAAUCUCCUUCUGAAGAAAUACUCAAGCCAACUUUCACAUUCACUGCAGAAUGGCCACAAAGAUCAUGCGACAUCCUAGAACAUACAGAUGUCAAGACCGGAUCUGAUCUUGGGAUUUCCAGAAAGCCCCCCGCUAUCAAAGAAACUACUAGGGUAGAUAUUAUUUCCAACCUUAGCAAGACUGAGCUGGUAAACAAGCAUGUCCUAGUGAGACUUCUGACAGACUUCUCAGUGCACGAUCUGAUUUUCUGGCGAGAUGUGAAGAAGACUGGAUUUGUCUUUGGCACCACACUGAUCAUGCUGCUUUCCCUGGCAGCUUUCAGUGUCAUCAGUGUGGUUUCUUACCUCAUCCUGGCUCUUCUCUCGGUCACUAUCAGCUUCAGGGUCUACAAAUCUGUCAUCCAGGCUGUACAGAAGUCAGAAGAAGGCCAUCCAUUCAAAGCCUACCUGGAUGUAGACAUUACUCUGUCCUCGGAAGCUUUCCAUAAUUAUGUGAACGCUGCCAUGGUGCACAUCAACAGGGCCCUGAAACUCAUUAUUCGUCUUUUUCUGGUGGAAGAUCUGGUUGACUCCUUGAAGCUGGCUGUCUUCAUGUGGCUCAUGACCUAUGUUGGUGCCGUUUUUAAUGGAAUCACCCUUCUGAUUCUUGCGGAACUGCUCAUUUUCAGUGUCCCAAUUGUUUAUGAGAAGUACAAGACCCAGAUUGAUCACUAUGUUGGCAUUGCCCGGGAUCAGACCAAGUCAAUUGUUGAAAAGAUCCAAGCAAAACUCCCUGGAAUCGCCAAAAAAAAGGCAGAAUAAGCAUCUGGAAACCAGAAAUGCAACAGUUACUAAAACACCAUUUAAUAGUUAUAAUGUUGUUACUUGUACUAUGAAGGAACAUGCUCAGUGUCAGCUUGAGCCUGCAUUCCAAGCUUUUUUUUUUUUUAAUUUGGUGUUUUCUCCCCUCCUUUCCCUUAACCCUCAGUAUCAAGCACAAGAAUUGUUGGACUUAAAAAAAAGAACUUAGAACCCAAAAUAAUAAAGAAAGAAUCAAAUUCAUAGGAUAAGUCAAUACCUUAAUGGUGGUGGAGCUUUUACCUGUAGCUUGAAAAGGGAAAAAGAUUGGAGAUAAAAGAGAAAAUAAAAGAUAGAACACCAUCUCUUAGGUCCUUCUAUCGAACUUUCAGGACUAGUCUUACUCAGUUUCCCAUUGUAGUUUUGCCCUUGUUUUUAAGUUAAAAAAUAAUGAUUAACUUAUGAAGAAAUUAUUUGGGGACAGGAGUGUGAUUCCUUCCUUGAGUUUUUUGCAGCCCUUGGAUCCCAUCUUCCUGCCCCACAAUGUGAGCAGCUACUCCUAAUAUUCCUCUUCUUCACUUAAUGAUAUAACUUUCAACUCUGUGAAUAACUUAGAGGUGACAGUGGUAAUUUCUGAUUCCCAGAAUGCCAUCCGAUUACAAAAGAAUUGAAACAGAAAGUGGGGUUGGAGAGGGAGUUCCAGGAGCACUGCGGUAGCCCCUACUCCGCCCAGGGAAGGAAAGUUCCACCAUUUAGGAAAGUGGUUUCUGUGCUCUCUUGGGCACCAGUUCUGAGGAUUAGUUUGAGGACUCACUCCUGGAUGUGCUUUCCUCCCUCUCCUCUGUCCUCCUCACCUCAAGUUUAAUAAACAUGGUUGUACUUUUCUUAUUAUGAAAUAAAUGUCUGUAACUGCUGUA